CUGAUCGAGCUUGUAUGGGUUUAUACAUGUAUCUUGAUCAGAGUGAGCUUGUGUGUGUAUAUUAAGAGAGAGAGAGAGAGAGAGAGAGAGAGAGAGAGAGAGAGAGAGAGAGAGAGAGAGAGAGAGAGAGAGAGAGAGAGAGAGAGAGAGUAUAUGGGGAUCAUGUUCAUCAGAAAGGGUUCGGUAAUGGCAUGUGUGAUGGUGUUACUGAUGUUAACUCAAGUAUUGGGACAACUCUCUGGUAUAGACGGUCGUGGCAAUGGCAAAAGCCGAUAUCAUAAACAUGGAAUAGGCGAUGCUGAUGCUGGUGUCGAAGGUAAUAGUGGUAUAGAUAUUUAGAUAGUGGUGGUGAUGUUAAUGGUGCUGGUGGUGCUAGUUCUGCUAGCAGUGGCGGACCCACAUGUAUAUAUGGAGGUUAUCUUCUUUUUUUGAUAAAGGGCUUAUGGAGGUUUAUCUAAAUUUGGGUUCUUCAGCCGGAGGUCGAGCUGGUCGUACAGGUCGUGCUGGUGGCGCUAGUGGUGCUGGUGGCGCUAGUGGUGCUGGUGGUGCUACUGGUGCUGGUGGUGCAAGUAACGCUGGUGGUACUGGUGGUGUCAGUCAUGAUGGUGGUGCCACUGGUGCUGGAGGUGCCAGUGGUGCGGGUGGUUCCAGUGGUGCGGGAGGUGCUGGUGGUGCUAGUGAUGCUGGUGUUGCCAGUGGUCCUAGUAGUGCCAAUGGUCCUAGUGGUGCUAAUGGUCCUAGUGGUGCUGGUGGUACAAAUGGUGAUGGCGGUAUAAUUGGUGUUGGUAACCGUCGACACUAAAUCGAAAACAUAAGUGAUUGUUAACAAUUUAGCAUUCCAUGCACGUUAUCUCGUAGGCUCGUCCUUAGCUUGUAUAACGUCAAUCUUAUUCUUCUUUGGGGAUAACUCGCACUUUAUCUUUGUACUAAAAAAUAAGAGAGUCUAAGUGAGAAAAAUAAUGAUAAUUCUAGUUUGUGAAUUUGACUUAUGUGAAAGUUCGAAACUUCUAGUUUAUCAUUGAGACCGCCAAGACUUAAUAUAAAUUUUGUAAGUUUUU